UGAGUCUCCAGUGGCUUGUGUUGUUUCUCAUGCCAAAAACACGUGUUUCGUAUUGCUGUGAAUAGGUUUUUUAUUGUUGAGGGUUUCUGGGUGAUUAUGGCGUUGUUUGAAGUGAUUAUUGGCACUUAUGAACAGUUUUUGCUGGGGUACAAAGUGGAAAAAGUGGAUAAGAAGUGCAAAUUGGAGAGGAGUUUUGCUACACACAGCCAUCUGGCUAGCAUAAGGACUGUGGCGGCUAGGAAACAUUACUUGGCGUCUGGGGGUGCUGAUGACUCGAUUUAUCUGUACGAUAUGAAGCAGAGAACUGAGGCGGGGAAACUCAUGCAUCAUGAUG